AGGGUUUCGGGGACGCGGAGAGACACUUUCCUCCUCCCAAGGAGUGAGGGAGGGAAGUCUGUGGCUCUAGCGCCGGGCCACUUUCCCGGUGCGAUUCCGGGAGCUCCCAGCAGGAGGUGAAAGUCCCCGCCUGGUCCGGAUGGCGUAGUUGCGCCGAGGCGCAGCAGCUGCCGGAGGCGAGCGCUGGGCGGGGAAACUUUCUCUGCUGUCCUCCAACUUGCAGCGGGUGGAUCUGCUCUUGACACACCGCCUCCGAGGAAAUUUGAAAAUUGCCAAGAGGAUUUCAGGCCACUUCUAAUUUUCACCGAUUGUCUGUGAUCUGAAGAACUGUUGGCAGAGUGACUGGAGGGGACCUGCCGUGGCAGAAGGAGAAAUGACGUCCCAUUAUGUGAUUGCUGUGUUUGCCCUGCUGAGCUCCUCCUUAGCCACUGCAGCAGGUCCAGAGUCCAGUGCCCGGUGUGAGCUGUCACCUGUCAAUGCCUCCCACCCUGUCCAGGCCUUGUUGGAGACUUUCAGCGUCCUGUCGGGCUGUGCCAGCAGAGGCACCACCAGGCUGCCGCAGGAAGUGCACAUCCUGAACCUUUGCACUGCUGAGAAGGGGCCUGGCCAGACACAGAAAGAGAUCACACUGCACCUGAAGCCUAUCUCCUCAGUCUACAUUCACCAUAAGCCUGUUGUGUUCCUGCUCAACUCCCCACAGCCCCUGGUCUGGCAUUUGAAGACAGAGAGACUUGCCACCGGCAUCCCCAGACUCUUCUUGGUGUCUGAGAGUUCUGUGGUCCAGUUUUCAUCAGGAAACUUCUCCUUGACAGCAAAAACAGAAGAAAGGAACUUCCCUCAUGGAAAUGAACAUCUUUUAAAUUGGGCCCAAAAGGAGUAUGGAGCAGUUACUUCAUUUACCGAACUCAAGAUAGCAAGAAACAUUUAUAUUAAAGUGGGAGAAGAUCAAGUGUUUCCUCCCACAUGCAACAUAGGGAAGAAUUUUCUUUCGCUCAAUUACCUCGCUGGGUACCUCCAGCCCAAAGCCGCAGAAGGGUGUGUGAUGUCCAGCCAGCCCCGGGAUAAGGAAGUACACAUCAUCGAGAUAAUCACCCCCAACUCUAACCCUUACAGUGAUUUCCAGGUGGAUAUAAUAAUUGACAUAAGACCUUCUCCAGAGGAUUCUAUAGUGGUCAAAAAUCUCAUACUGAUCUUGAAGUGCAAAAAGUUUGUCAACUGGGUGAUCAGAUCUUUUGAUGUUAAGGGGAACCUGAAAGUUAUUGCUCCCAACAGUAUUGGCUUUGGGAAAGAGAAUGAAAGAUCCAUGACAAUGACCAGAUCAAUAAGAAAUGACAUUCCUUCCACCCAAGAGAAUUUGGUGAAGUGGGCUUUGGAUAAUGGCUAUAGUCCAGUGACAUCAUACACACUGGCUCCUGUGGCUAACAGAUUUCAUAUUAGAGUUGAAAACAACGAGGAAAUGAGAGAUGAAGAAGUUCAUACCAUCCCUCCUGGGCUACAGAUCCUGCUGGACCCAGUCCUCCUGCCUGGCCCAGAGAACCCACCCUUUCAAGGAGGGGGUAGUCGAACUGGAGGUUUCCCCUUUCCUUUUCCUGCUAUCUCCAGGAGAGGCAGGAAGGAAGGAGGAGAAGAUAGGAUCCCUAGGCUAAAGGAUUCUGUCAUCUCCAGUGUACAACUGUUUCCUGGUCUCAGAGAACCGGAAGAGGCACAAGGGAGCACAGAUAUUGUCCCAUUGGUCAAAUGUGACAAUGAAAAGAUGAUUGUGGCUGUAGAAAAAGAUUCUUUUCAGACCAGCAGCUACUCAGGGAUGGAGCUCACCCUGUUGGAUCCUUCCUGCAAGGCCAAGAUGAAUGGCACACAUUUCAUUUUGGAGUCUCCCCUGAAUGGCUGUGGAACUCGGCACCAGCAGUCAGUCUCCCACGGUGUGGUUUACUAUAACUCUAUUGUGAUACAGGUUCUGUCGCCUGGGGACAGCAGUGGCUGGCCAGAUGGUUAUGAAGAUUUGGAGUCAGGUGAUAAUGGAUUUCCAGGAGAUUUGGAUGAAGGAGAAGUUUCCGUCUCUAGCCGUCCUGAAAUUGUGAUGUUUAAUUGUAGCUUGAGGCGACUGGGGAAUCCCAGCAGUGUUCAGGACCAGCCUGGUGGAAACAUCACUUUCAACAUGGAGCUGUACAACACUGACCUCUUUCUGGUGCCCUCCCAAGGGGUCUUCUCCGUGGCAGAGAAUGGACACAUUUUUGUUGAGGUGUCUGUCACUAAGGCUGACCAAGAACUAGGAUUUGCCAUCCAAACAUGCUUCAUUUCUCCAUCUUCAAACCCUGAUAGGAUGUCUGAUUACACCAUCAUCGAGAACAUUUGUCCUAAAGAUGAAUCUGUGAAAUUCUACAGUUCCAAGAGAGUGCGCUUUCCUAUUCCACAGGCUGAGAUGGAUAAGAAGAGAUUCAGCUUUGUCUUUAAGUCCAUGUUCAACACCUCACUGCUCUUCCUGCAGUGUGAGCUGACACUAUGUUCCAAGAAGGAGAAAAACCACCAGAAGUUGCCUAAGUGUGUGCCUCCCGAGGAAGCCUGUACCUCACUGGACGCUGCCAUGAUCUGGGCCAUGAUGCAGAACAAGAAGACAUUUACCAAGCCACUGGCCGUGAUCCACCAAGCAGAACCUAAAGAAAAAGUUCCAAGCAUUAAGGAAUCAAAUCCAGUUCCUCCACCAAUUUUCCAUGGUCUGGACACCCUGACUGUGAUGGGCAUUGCGUUCGCAGCAUUUGUGAUCGGAGCACUCUUGACAGGAGCCUUGUGGUACAUCUAUUCCCACACAGGAGAGACAGCAGGAAGGCAACAAGUCCCCACCUCUCCACCGGCCUCAGAAAACAGCAGUGCAGCUCACAGCAUCGGAAGCACACAGAGCACACCCUGCUCCAGCAGCAGCACAGCCUAGCCACGCCAAACCUGGCCUUCACUGCCAAAGGCAGGGCCUGAUGCUGAUGCCAUGUGUCCAGAUUCGGAAGGCUUGAUUUGGGUUCCCUUGUAGAGAGAGUGGAUUUCAGUGUAAAGAUUACCUGUUACAUUCACCACUCAUGGCCAAUAGAAAUGUGACCCCUGGAUCUCUGCAACACACUAUAGUUCAUGUGGAAAAGCUAAGAUGGUGGCCUUAUCCACCAGCACCCCCAGGCUGGGGGGUUUUCAAUGUGAAACACAUGCCAGUUUUUAAAAUGCUGCUUUGUCCAGGUGAGAACAUCAAUAAUUUGGGGCCCUGAGUUUUACCUGCACUCAAGAUGGUCAGAGGGUCACAGCUAGACAGUAGGCCCAAUGAGAUGUGGCCAAAGAGUCUUUUACAUUUGAACCAAGAUUUAAAAACAAAAGAAAUGCUUCUAGGCUUUCUCAGUGCUCCUCAAUGCCUGAUCUGCACUCCGUCUGGAUACCUACGCUUAACUGGCCAUACUGUGGGAUCUGAUAUGUGGCCUGCUGGUUGCUGCCCUCAGGACUGCAGCCUGCCACAUGUCAAGACAACAUUCCUUUCUUGUUCCCUGGGCCAAAACCAGUGCUGAUUACCUUGUCAGCUUCUUCUCUUCCCCCCACUCAACACACACUGACUAAAGACAUGUCUUAAUGCAAAUUUUGUCCUUCUUACAGGCAUGUAGAAAUUGAAAAUGGCCAAGGUCUGGAACUGCAGAUUUGUAUUCAUUUUGUUGGGAUAAGUUAAUGUCUACAUUGGGGACAGAAUUAAUUCAGUUGUAAAGUUGAGGAGAAAUUUGUAAAGUGAUAUAUGUAUACAAGUAUGAAAAGACAAGUAUAUAAUAUCUCAUCUGGCACAUUCAUUUCCUCAGUUGAAGAAAAAAGAAAUUGAGCCAGGUGCAGUGGCACUUGUCUAUAAUAGCAGCUACUUACCCAGGCAGGAGGUUCACAAGUUCCAGGCCAGCCUAGGCAACUUAGCAAGAGCUCAUCCUUAAAAAACAAAAAAGAUGAAAAAAUCCAUUUCCAUUUUGAAAAUAUCUGCUGCUUCCCAAGUUGAAACUUAUAUUUAAGUAAUAUUUGGUAGAAUGAGCAUUUCCAUUCAGGACGCAUUAACCAUUCUCAUAAGCCCUUGUGUGAAAAGCAGACCCUUAGGAGAUACAAAUGCCUGGCAGAUCCUGUCGGAUUCUUGGUUAUCUGAAUAGUGUCACCAGUUCUGCCAGGACACUGCUGAGCAGGGGAAAAGUGCACUCAUUUUGUUUGCUUUUGUUCUCUUGUCUUAAAUAUAUCCAAACUCAAAAGGAUCUGCAAUGAAUUUCAUUAAAUGGGAUAAUAUGAUGCCACGUCGCAGCUAAAAUAUGCUCAGUGAUACCCAUAUGUCAAAAAGGAUACCAGAGGGGAAUUGCCGUGCCAGGUCAUUUACUGCGGACAUUGCAAAUUACGUAGACUUCUGUUUCCCUAUCCCCGCAACAAUUUAGCAUUCCAUCCGUAGCACAAGUUAGAUUCUGCCCUAAAACGUUCAUGACCCACUUCCACUGCCUUUGAGGCAGUUGUGCUUGGUCCUCUGUGAAUGGAACCUUACACAGGAAAUAUGGGUGAAGCUGAGAACCUUAAGGCAGUGUCUACAAGGCGAGGAGAUGGACAUGGAGAUGACUGGAUAGAUGUAGACAUUCAAAUGGAUAAUUUUAACCAAAGCAGACUACUUAGCAGCUGAGAUCUCCGGGCCAUCUACAUUGAUAAUAGUGAACAUUUUUUAGAUUUUCAAAUACAUGUGAGGAUAACAUGUGACCAGAAAAAUGUUUUCCUUUAAUUUUUUAACAUAAGGGUAUCAUAUCAGAGCAGAGGGCCUAGAUUACGCUAGCUGUGUUUGAAAAUAAUGCGCUUUGCCUAACCUUCUGCAGAAUGUAUUGUUUUAGCAUAUUCUAUGUAUAAAAAAGUUUAAAGAUGUCUUCAAAGAAGACUAGAGUCUUUAAGUCACUUAUAGCUAUAUUUUACUACAAAAAUUUGUGUAUAAAGAUAUAUUUAAGUGUUUUAGAUAAAUUUAAGUUACUCCAUAUGAAAUGUUUAAUUUCAAUUACUGUGAAUUCUUUGAUCAGUUCUUUGCUUUAAAAAAUCCUUUCCAUCUUUUAAAAAGAAAAUUAGCUACAAGGAGAUAUUAAAAGAUGCAUUUCUUAGAUGGGUAGAGUGAAAAAGUUCUGUAAUAUAUUUAAAUGUAUAUUUGAGAGAGUUCCUACAGUGCCAAUGAUUUUAUAAAUAAUCUUAAAUUAAUUUACAAAUUUAUACAUGCAAACCAAAAGAUUUUUUAAAAGAGAAAAGAAAAAGAACAGUUUUUAUUUUUUGGGGGGGGUCUUAUUGUCAGAAGUACUAUUGAGAUAGAGAAAUUCAUAUUGACAAAACCUAAUCCGAUAUUGGAGAAUGAAUAGGGCGUUUCCCUAGCUUCUUGUUACAGCCCUGCUGAUUGCUUCAUCCUUUACAGCUUUUAUACAAAGUACAAGCUCUACUUUUAUAACAUGUUCUGCAAGUUCCUUUAAAACUGUCGUUAUAUUCCAUCAGCAAAGCCUAAUAUUAUUUCUGCCGUACAUCCAUAAUCCACAGAGCCCAUUUUGUUUUGUUGAUACUGACGCUAUUGUUGAAAUGCUCCAAACUCCACCACAGAUUAUCUGUGUAACACCUUUAGCUUUUCACUGUGUAGCGUUCAUCAGCUGUUACUCUGUAUUUUAAAAAGUCAGAAAUUUCUUCUAUGUAAGCUGUUUCUAUGGCAUUUUCUAAACACAAAGUGGUCUUUUCCUUGUCUGGUAAUAAGAUUGUAAGUCCAUUUCCUGUGUGUUCUGGGCGGGUGUGUGACUGUGAGUGCAUGUGGGGUGCGUGUGCACCCACCUGUCUUUUUGUACUGCAACUACCUCAUGGUUUGAAUGAUGACUGUACUGCUGGUUAUGUUAACAGAACACAUUUUGUUGGGCGAGUCCUGUAUGUGGUUUUUUUCCUGUUUGUUUUAUCUGGGGGUUGUUCAUGAAACUGACAGAUGUUUUUCUAAAAAGGACUAUUAUCAGUUUCCAAAUACAAUACUUCUCUCUUCUGGUUUUUCCUGAAUGAGCCUGAUUUUGUUGCUGUUUUUCAUCAUCUAUGAGGGUAGAAAGAGUAACCCGAAAAUCCCUGUGGCCAGUUUGAACACCCCUGUAGUAGCCUUUGUUUGAUGUGUCAGAAACUUUGUGAACAUGCUUAGAUGUAUAGUCUUGAUAACCACCGUUUUAAGUCUUUUAUCUGUGCAUAAUAAAAAGAUAUAUAUCAA